AUGUCAGCACAGGGCAUGGCACCAUCAGUGCCCUCAAGCGAGCCCGCCACCUUCAGUGGUGUGGCAAUCGAUGGAAAUAAUAACGAAGUCAAAGAAAGACAUAUCCAGCUGGUCAAGAAAAGAGGAAAUGUCAAGGCUCUUGAUGAAGAACUUUACAAACAAGACAGCAUGGACUUGAAGGUGGAGUUUGAGACCCACUUUGGCAUUGCCCACACGCGCUGGGCUACCCAUGGGGUCCCCAAUGCUGUCAACAGCCAUCCACAGCGCUCAGACAAAGGCAACGAAUUCGUUGUCAUCCAUAAUGGGAUCAUCACAAAUUACAAAGACCUAAGGAAAUUUCUGGAAAGCAAAGGCUAUGAGUUUGAGUCAGAAACAGACACAGAGACCAUCGCCAAGCUGAUUAAAUACGUGUUUGACAACAGAGAAACUGAGGACAUUACGUUUUCAACACUGGUCGAAAGAGUCAUUCAGCAGCUGGAAGGUGCAUUCGCGUUGGUUUUCAAGAGCAUCCACUACCCGGGAGAAGCUGUUGCGACCAGGAGAGGCAGCCCCCUCCUCAUUGGAGUGCGCAGCAAAUACAAGCUUUCCACGGAACAGAUCCCCAUCUUGUACAGGACACGCAAUUUCGAGAACGUAAAGAAGAUCUGCAAGACAAGAAUGAAGAGGCUGGACAGCUCAACCUGCCUUCAUGCCGUGGGCGAUAAAGCAGUGGAAUUCUUCUUUGCUUCUGACGCAAGUGCUAUCAUAGAACACACCAACCGAGUCAUCUUCCUCGAGGAUGACGACAUCGCCGCAGUGGCUGAUGGGAAGCUCUCUAUUCACCGGGUCAAGCGUUCAGCUAGUGAUGACCCAUCUCGAGCCAUCCAGACCUUGCAGAUGGAACUGCAGCAAAUCAUGAAAGGUAACUUCAGUGCAUUUAUGCAGAAGGAGAUCUUCGAACAGCCAGAAUCAGUUUUCAAUACUAUGAGAGGUCGGGUGAAUUUUGAGACCAACACAGUGCUCCUGGGUGGCUUGAAGGAUCACCUGAAGGAGAUUCGACGAUGCCGACGGCUCAUCGUGAUUGGCUGUGGAACCAGUUACCACGCCGCAGUGGCUACACGGCAAGUUUUGGAGGAACUGACUGAGCUCCCUGUGAUGGUUGAACUCGCCAGUGAUUUUCUGGACAGGAACACACCUGUGUUCAGGGAUGAUGUUUGCUUUUUCAUAAGCCAGUCAGGUGAGACCGCAGAUACCCUCCUGGCAUUGCGCUACUGUAAGGACCGUGGGGCCCUGACCGUGGGCGUCACCAACACCGUGGGCAGUUCCAUCUCCCGAGAGACCGACUGCGGUGUCCACAUCAACGCAGGACCAGAGAUCGGCGUGGCCAGCACCAAGGCUUAUACCAGUCAGUUCAUCUCCCUGGUGAUGUUUGGUUUGAUGAUGUCUGAAGACCGCAUUUCACUGCAAAACAGAAGGCGAGAGAUCAUCCAUGGUUUACAGUCUUUACCUGGGCUGAUUAAGGAAGUGCUGUCGCUGGACGAGAAGAUUCAUGACCUGGCCCUGGAGCUCUACACCCAGAGGUCACUCCUGGUGAUGGGACGGGGCUAUAACUAUGCCACAUGCCUGGAAGGAGCCCUGAAAAUUAAAGAGAUAACCUACAUGCACUCAGAAGGCAUCCUGGCGGGGGAGCUGAAGCACGGACCCUUGGCACUGAUUGACAAGCAGAUGCCCGUCAUCAUGGUCAUCAUGAAGGACCCUUGCUUUGCCAAAUGCCAGAAUGCCCUGCAGCAGGUCACAGCCCGCCAGGGUCGGCCGAUCAUACUGUGCUCCAGGGACGACACUGAGAGUUCCAAGUUUGCGUAUAAAACGAUCGAGCUGCCCCACACAGUGGACUGCCUCCAGGGUAUCCUGAGUGUGAUUCCGCUGCAGCUCCUGUCCUUCCACCUGGCUGUUCUCCGAGGAUAUGACGUCGACUUCCCCAGAAAUCUGGCCAAGUCUGUAACAGUGGAAUAG